GGCUUUGCACCCGGCGGCGACUGAGAACUGUGUGGCGACUGCGGAGCCAGCAGCGCAGGCGGGCGGAGCAGAGUUGUCCGGCCCGGUGGCGGGCAAUGCCCCCGUGAGUCUCUGUCGCUGCCCCUCCCCGCCCCGCGUCCCUACCCCUUCGGAGUCCGCGCCCGUUCGGGGCCGGGCCGCGCCUACCGCCGGGUCCGCGGGGCGGGGUCCCGGGGCAGCACCUGCCUCGCCUUGCAGCACCACUCUGCCAGCGGAACCCGGCUCCAGGCGUGGACCCCGGCCCCACCUCGGGACCCUGUCAUCACGUUUCUUCCUCCAGGAAGCCUGCCCUGAUUGCCUUUACCUCCUUUUCUGAAAGUUGGUAUCUCAGCAGAAGUGAAGCUUUGUGCAGAUUCCCUAGGGGGUGCUGUUGAGAGAGCACAGCCCCUUGUGAUGUGGAGCACCACAUGUGGAGCACCACUCUCAGACUCAGCAUCUUGAAUUUCCUGAAGCCCUGCCAUCCCGGGGACCAUGUUUAACGGGGAGCCUGGUCCAGCCUCGGCUGGGGCCUCCAGGAAUGUCGUAAGGAGCUCCAGCAUCAGCGGUGAGAUCUGUGGAUCCCAGCAAGCUGGAGGUGGGGCCGGGACCAGCACAGCCAAGAAACGGCGCAGCAGCCUGGGUGCCAAGAUGGUGGCUAUCGUUGGUCUGACCCAAUGGAGCAAAAGCACACUGCAGCUCCCCCAGCCUGAAGGGGCCACUAAGAAGCUUCGCAGCAACAUUCGACGGAGCACAGAGACUGGCAUUGCUGUGGAGAUGCGGAGCCGAGUAACCCGCCAGGGCAGCCGGGAGUCUACCGACGGCAGCACCAACAGCAACAGCUCCGAGGGCACGUUUAUUUUUCCCACACGGCUUGGAGCUGAAAGCCAGUUCAGUGACUUUCUGGAUGGCCUCGGACCAGCCCAGAUUGUGGGGCGACAGACAUUGGCCACACCCCCCAUGGGAGAUGUGCACAUUGCUAUCAUGGACCGGAGCGGCCAGUUGGAGGUAGAAGUGAUUGAAGCUCGGGGCCUGACCCCCAAGCCAGGCUCCAAAUCCCUCCCAGCCACCUAUAUCAAGGCUUACCUGCUGGAGAACGGGGCAUGCGUAGCCAAGAAAAAGACGAAGGUGGCCAAGAAGACUUGCGAUCCCUUGUACCAGCAAGCUUUGCUCUUUGAUGAGGGACCCCAAGGCAAAGUUCUGCAGGUGAUCGUCUGGGGAGACUACGGCCGUAUGGACCACAAGUGCUUCAUGGGUAUGGCCCAGAUCAUGCUGGACGAGCUGGACCUGAGUGCCGCAGUCACUGGCUGGUACAAACUCUUCCCCACAUCCUCUGUGGCUGACUCCACACUCGGAUCCCUCACCAGGCGCCUGUCUCAGUCCUCUUUGGAGAGUGCCACCAGCCCCUCGUGCUCCUAAGGACCUUGAUGAGGACAAGAGGCCAGGGGAUGUUGGGGGAUGGGAGCCUGCUGGCCCCACCACCCCCUGUACAUAGUCUCCAUGUCCUUCUGGACCCCUUACCCUGCUGCAUGCCUGUUGGCCACUGGGCUUGUCCCAGCUGGCAGUGGAGACUGUAGUGUGUGUCUGUGUGUCUGUGUGUGUGUGUUUGUGUGUGUCCAUAUAUCUGUCCAUUUGUCUGUGUACAAUCAGUCUUGGUGAUCACAUGGACUAUAUAGUCCACGUCUCCGUAUCUUGCAGGAAAGAACCCAAAGGAGCAUCAUUUGGACACUUCUUGCCCAUGGAGUCUCCAGGGGUAGAAAUAGGGGGUGUGGCCACUGGUGGGCCGGCCACUGGUGGGUCUCGAUUUGUCCCUGCCUUGUUGUUGUAUAGUCUCCACUUGCUUUUCUGUCUUGUUUUUUUCUUUGCCUUUCCCAGCAUUGCUGCUUUUUUGAGGAAUGUAGCAUCCAUUGCAGCUGACCACAUCUGGUUCCAUCUAGGAAUCUACAUCUCUCCUCCCUACCACAGCCACACCGGUGGUCAUCCCAUUGAAUGCACACCACAGCAUGUAGCAUGCUUACUCAGUGCCCUCGCCAGGGCCCCAGGAAGACAGAGUGUGUAUGGGGAGGAGGAUGCUGGCCAGACACACUAGAGGAUGUACUGGGACCUCUCUUCCCCUGGAGUGUUCCAACAUGCCAAAGGAGCUCCCCAGUGGACCCAGGAGGUUGUCUGUUGAAGUAGCUGGCCUUCUCAGGCAUCAAGGGUGGCCCUGUCCCCUUUGGGGUUAUUCCUGAGGGAGCAUGGCUUGGGAAGCAGUGCCAUGGGUAGAGCUACUUGCUGGAGGAAGGAGGGCAUCCUCUCCGACCUGGGAUUAGCUGCAUGAAGCUGUCCUUUCAGGUUCUGCUUUCUUUGCUCAUCUGUAGACACCAGACCCCAUCUGGAGUUCUGACACACCAGGGCUCCAGCUUCCUAGCUCUGUGGGCAGCCUGGCUCUGCACUCAAGGGUGCCUCUGUCACCAGCUCUGUACCAGCAAUACUCACCCCUCCACCUCCCUACUUUCUUGAGUAGGCCCCUGCUCCUCUAGGCAGUGGCCUGUACUAGGCAUCCCAGCUGCGUCUGCUUUACUAUCCCCUUCCCUUGUCUGCCUGGGACUCCUCCCAACCACUGAGAACACUGUUGGAGGGACUAGUGGCUGGGCCAGACCCUAAGAUGGCUAUUAUGGAUACUAAAGGCUGGCUCCGGAGUGCUGCAUCUGUUCCUCCCCUCCUUAGCUAUAGGGUGGAAUUGGAGGCUGCCUGGGAGAAAGCAGCCUGGUAGGAGGGAGGAGGCAAGUGUUGGGUAGGGGAUGGGGAAGACGCUCUUUCUGCCUCUCUCCUAGCCCAUGCCUCUAGCAUAAGUGCCUAGGCAGAGAGAUACGGGGGUAACUGUAAAGAAGCCUUUGUCUGUAUGUGAAUCCCAUUUGUACCAAAGCUGGGGUACACAAAGCCGUCCCAGCCCAAAGGACCUCCCUGUAGUCAGAGUCCUGCACUCACCUUUCAAAGAAAGGCAGUAAAGAAGCCCCCAUGCAAAGUGGGGUGAGGAGGAGAAUGAGCAGGACUGAGGAUGUGUCCUGCAGGCAGGACAGUGAGGUGGGGGCCAGUUCUCUUGCUGACCUUUCUGCCUGAAGAGUAUAUACAUGUAUAUCCCAUAUUACAAGAUAUGGGGCAAAGUGCUCUUGGCCUCCAAGCCUUAAUGGAUUGGGGGCAAGGAGGAAACUAGCUUGCAAAGGACCCUCUGGAUGGUGUGAAAGCCAUUUGGAGUGGAGGAGUGUCAGUGACCCACUGACAACACAGACCUUUGUGUGUGUGGCAUUGAGUCACUCCCAGAAGUGGGAGCUGCGAACAGAGAGUGUCCCUCACUUCUUAGGAGGGUCAGCAUAGGGGAUGCUCUAGCCAGAGGAGGGACUGAUGUGCUGGGAACUCAUGCUGACCUGCCUACAGUCCAAGGCUGUAAACUACCUAAGAGAUGGGCACUUGGCUAUCCCACCUCCAUGGAAGAUAAUCCCCUUCCCCAAUUGAUUUUGGGGAAUUCACUCUUUGUAACACUGAGUAAUCCCUUCUGGAUGCUUUCUCACACGUGUGGGUUGUAUAAGGCUAGUGUGUACAUGUGAUAGGGAGGCUGGGUUUAAAGCUUUGUUUCUCAGCACGCUGGAUGUGGGGCUCCACUGGGGUGCCAUUCUCAAAGCAAGUGUGCCCAAGUGUGACUCUUGCCUGGGCUGGAAGCGAUCUGCCCUUUGAGGAAAGGACAUUGGGUUAAGAAGUAACUGGAUCCUUGUGAGUUCCCUUACUAACAGGCCACCUACAUAACCCCUUGCUCCAGGUGGCAGUGGUUGCAGGAGUGGGAUUUGGUCAUCCCAUCUCCUCUCGGCAGGCCAGAUUCAUCGUGCUGUGGCUGGGACAGGAGUGGCCCUGCAGCGAUGCUGGGCUGUGGGCAGGGGCAGUGAUAAGUGACUCAGAGCAUAUGUCUCUGUAUUUCUGCCCUGUUCAGCCUGUCCCACUUUUUAACAGAUUCCUUUCCUACAAGGAAAGCAGAGAUGGGACUCUGUGAUACGAAUCGUUCUCUAGGAAAUGGGCCAAGUCUUGCUUUGACAGGGACAUUUGAUCCUUUGGGGAAGAACCAGCUCCAAAGGCGCUCUUCAUCCAGCCUCUCAUCCCACCAAGCUCUGAACAUCACCUCUUCAGCAGGUCCCGGGCAAUGCCAGCACGCUAUGGGAUGAAGGCAGAGCCAAGGGAAGCCCCAGAGAGGCAGGGGUAGUGGUGCCUGGAUGGUUCUGCCCUUGGGGACUCGGUGCCUGGAGCACUGGGGUCAAGCUAACUUUCCCAGGGGCUCAACCUUCAACCAGGGAAGCAUGCCAGCUCUUCCUUUACUGCCAGCCUGGGAGAGACCAGCAGCCUCUGUUUUUGUUUUUGUUUUUGUUUUAAAGACAACUGAGCCCUCCCAGGGCGUUUCUCUGAAACGAGAUGUAGCACAAUCCUCAGCUGUGUUCCCGGAGCUCCGGCAUACCCCGAGCUCCCGAUACCUCACGUUCUCCAUCGCCCUUGGCCUAGGAGGCCGUAGUGCCCUAGCAAGGCUGCUCUUCUGUGUUUCUUCGAUUGUGUCCAGCACUGUGCAAACUCUAAGAAGUCUCUGCCUUUGCCCAAGGUUGCUCUCUAUUGGGUGGGGAGAUGCGGUACUUCAUGUGGUGGCCCGAAGCUUGUCCAGCAGCAUCUCUGUAGUGGCCACAGGGAAGUGGACAAGAAGAGGCCUGCUUUCCUGCCACCACCCUUUCUCUCCCACUCCUCAGUUGUUGUCUCUAACGUCCUGACACAUACAGACGUUCUUCUGAAUAUACCCCCUCUCCUGCAUCGUCUUCCGAUGGAUGAUCAGAGAGGAGAUGAAAAUUCAGACUCCUUCCCUGCCUUCUCCCUCCAGUCUGCUUCUAGCCCCGGUCAGAAGAGUUCAGAAGAGGCUAGGGAGAUCAACUACCAUCAGAGAGCAGGGGAGCCCCAUCCAAUCAGCCUGGCCUGGCUGGGAAAGGGUCAUUUGGAGAGUGCCUGAGCAUCUUGGAGCAAUGUCAGUGAUGCCAAAGAGAGCGACUUGGCCUCCGUGGGCAGCAGCUCUGUCUGUGGAGCUAGACGAACACAGCUCAGAUGGUGGCGUGCCCAAGGGAGGGUCCUUGUUCUCUGACAAAGGGCUUAAUCUUUUCAUGUAGCAAAGCAACUCCCCUCCCCCAUCCCUGAGCGUGGGCUGUUGUGGGCCCAGCAUGGCUGUGCCUAUACGAGAGAGGCCGCAUAGGUGAGAGACUGUGUCUCCUCCCUGUCUGUCUUAGCAAGUGCUCCUUGAGAAGCCUGGGUGUUGCUGCUUUGGAGAAACCAGCUCUGACUGGACACUCGCCAGCAAGGACAGGGCCUUGGGCCUGCAAGGAAGUUUAUAUUGAUGCCAGGAAGGGUCCCUGGGCCUGAGAAUUCCAGGGACAACUGAGCAUCUGCCCCAUUAGCCAAUGACCUGGAUAGGGAUGGCUGUUCAGUACUUUUUUCUUUUCUUUUCUUCUUUUUUCUUUUUGCCAGAAACUGUGACCUUGUGUGAGAUAUCUUACUGGGCUUCAGUGUCCUCAUCUGUAAAACCCAGAGCAUUUGCCGGUUGCUCCAGGCUUUGUAAGUCUAUGGCUUGGAGUUGCUGAGGUGGUGAGGGGCCAGUUUCAUCCCCCUUGGUUCUCACUCUGGGAGCCUGUCCUCAUUUGGUCCAUGCCCAGAUGCUGCUCCUAAAAAAGCCCAAAUGUGGCUUCACCACUUUGUGGCUUGCCCUCCUCCUACCACUCUCUCUGGUCUUGGUGAGAAAUAACCAAGUGUUGUCUAUGGUGGACAGUUUCCAAGGUACCGUAAUGUCACCACCUUGACUGAAUCCUGAGUAGGUCCAUGUCCCCCAGCAGACAUACUGGGUCAUUGGUCAUUAUGCUUCUUGACGACAGUCCAAGAAGAGUGGGCACUCAGAGCCUUUUAAAGGAAUUCUCUCUGAUGGGGUGAAAGAGGGAAGGUCCUUCCAAGUAUUUGGCUUUUUAAAACCACUUCUUCCCAAAUUUCUUCUCCCAAACUUUCUCUCAGAAGGCAAAAAGUGGCUGCUUCCUCAGGGAAAGCAGACCUGAGACUUCUAGCAACUCCUGUAGCAAUGAGAACUCACAGAAGGCAGGAACCCCUUUUUUAGAAUUUCCAAAUGCAUCCUGCAAAGAGAGCGAGAGCGAGAGCUGUUAGGGACUGACAAGCACACUGUUUAGAUAAGAAGCAAUUAGCCUUUUCUAUUUGAGCUCUCUGCAGCAUCGUUCCAGACCGUGGCUCCAGGGUGGCAGGUGGACAGCUGGGAGGGAAUACCGGCUGUCUCAGGUGAUGUCCUUGCCAAUCCCCCUGAGGAGAAAAUUCUUCACAUGGCUUCUGCAUGUACAGUAUUUGGACAGAAAAAAAAAAUUAAAGUCCAUUUGAAAUUGGUUUUAUGUAUG